AUGUGGAGGGCACUGAAGAGACUUGAUAUACACGGGGAAAUUAUUGAGAUCAUCAAAGAGGCCUAUAACGACUUUACAUGCAGGGUCGUACAUCAGGGAAAAAUCACGGAACCCUUCGCAGUGAGCUCCGGUGUGAAGCAGAAAUGCAUCUUGUUACUCACUAUCUUCCUCGCUGUGCUUAAUGAAGUAAUGAGAAACACCACGGAGGGGAAGAAGAGAGACAUCCAAUGGGGACUCACCAAAAGACUAAAGGAUUUAGAUUUUGCGGACAACAUCUAUUUGUUGGCUCAGAAUUACACUGAUUUGGAGGGAAAACUCCGAGACCUUGAAACCGAGGCCAGAACUACCGAGAUGCAAAUAAAUAUUGCCACAAACAAAAGGAUGAAAAUCAAUACCAGAGACCAAAGAGAACUUCAUAUAAUUAUCGGAAAGAUAGAGGAAGUGGGGGAGUUCACAUAUCUUUGCAGUAAAGAUAAAGAUGAUCUAUUCAAUCAUCUGGUUGAUUAUUUAGAUAAUUUUAUCAAAAUACCGGCAAACACUGGCAAUGUACUAUACAAAUGCGUGGAAAACCAACGAACCAUUCUUAGAAACGAAUUGUAA